AUGUCUGCCGUGGAAGUAAACGCUGCUUUCACUGAAGAAGAUCAGAGAGAGAAAAUGUCAUCCCCCUUAGAAGAGGAGCCUCAACUCACACACAACAAACCAGCAUCUCUGAACUUCUCUGAGCUUACACCUCAUCAGUUUGGCAUUUCUGUUCAGAGUUUUACUCCACUAUCACAGUCGAACCAUAAAGGUAAGGGUCUUAAUUUAAUGCUUAACCAUCAGUCACAUUUACAAAGCAUGCUAGAGACUUAAACACGAACUCGGUUGUAAUGUGGCUGUGCUCAUCUGGUAGAGACUAUCAGAUAUCAAGAAUAUUAUGGGGCAUUGUUCUGUACCAGUUACAGUUUUCUCAAUUGCUUCAGCCCAGUCCUGAAAUGAGAAACACUAAGCUCAAAGCUCUGUAUGUUAAAGGGAUAUUCCGGCGUAGAAUUAAUUUAGGGCCAAAUACACCGUAACACCAAGUGAGACACCCCCUCGAGAGAUGAACGUUGCAGACCUCUUGCUUCCCUAGUUACCAACUUUAGUAAUGACUACACGGUAGCAAUACACAGCGGUCUGAGGAGCCAUACACAAACCUGAACCAAAACGCUACUCUAUAGCCACAAAUAAUGCUCAGAACAGCACCUAACUUCAUCAACAGUGCAUAUAGGGUCCCAGCUGUAGCACGAGCCACCAAACAUAGGACCCUAUAUGUACUGUUGAUGAAGUUAGGUGCUGUUCUGAGCAUUAUUUGUGGCUAUAGAGUGGCGUUUUGGUUGAGGUUUGUGUAUGGCUCCUCAGACUGCUGUGUAUUGCCACCGUGUGGUCGUUACUAAAGUUGGUAUAACUAGAGCAGCAAGCGGUCGACAACAUUCAUCUCCUGAGGGGGUGUCUAACUCGGUGUUACGGUGUGUUUGACCCUAAAUUAAUUUUAUGCCGGAAUAUCCCUUUAAUCACAACACAUAGGGUUUUCUCAUUCAUCCAGGCAAGCUGCAUCGGUUUGGUACAUGAGUGCAAAAGAGUCCCUUGUAUACAGCCCACUGUUCAAAACCGAUUUUCAGUGAAAUGUCAGACUCUUCACUGGUUGUCGACCAAUUUCAUUUUUCCAAUAGCCGAUGCCAUUACAAGUAAAGGGGAGAGCAGGACGCCUGACAUAUCGAAGUUUCACAUUUUGAAUUAAAUCACAGGGAAAAUGUAAGGUUUUUGGGACCACUUUUUCAGCUGCAUCUGUAUCUGUGACACAAAAUGUUUGUGAUGCCUGCCAAAGUUCUGUAAACUAGCUGAAGACCUGCCAGCUGCAAAUAAUAGACUAGGAAACACAAUCGGCCACUAUCAAAGACUUUUUUUUUUUCCUCUGGUGCGUCACAAGAGAUAACAUCAGAUGUGAUAUGGGGGAAAAAAGUCUUUGGCCAAUGCAACAGUGCUGACAAGAUGUCCACAAUAAUGAGAACUUACCACUUUCAUGUAGCGUUCUGUUAAGACAUGAAAAGAUUUGUUCUUGUAACUUAGGUGCAUUUUUUUCUACAAGGAUAUCAUCUUGAGGCAAUAAACCUUAAUGCAUUUUGACCUGUGUGGCUCAGACAAUAACCAAACAUCUUUUUUGUUUGGUGGCACAAGCCAAUACAGCUGAGUCAAAAACCAGCUUUGUAAAUUUCAACAGAAUGCUGUGAAUGUCUUACUAUCUCUUGCAAAAAUACUGUAGAGUUUUGAUGUACCUUAAACAAAAGCACAAACAGUUGGGAGAGUAUUGAUCCUGUUUGGACGCAUGAGCCAAAACAAUUAAACAAAAAACCUGUGAGUAAAUCAGGGAAAUCUUAUAUGGUAAAAUCAUUAGUGAAAAAUUCAUUUAGACCUUUAUUAUACUAGCCAAUACCUCGACUCAGCAGAUUUAACAGUAUUAUCAUAGUGCUAUGUCAUCAUAGUUUAAACCAUCUUAAAUUAAAUGCAUGUGUAUACUAGAACUAUACUGUAGAUGCUAAUGUGCCUCAAACUGCAAGACAAGCUUUUACAACACAGUAAGAUAAAGGAACAUCAUGUAUUCCUUACAUUGCACUUUUCAUUAAUCUCUUUCUCUCUCUUUUAUUCUAGAUAAGUCUCGUCUUGCACAAAUAAAAGCAAGGAGGAGGUCAAGCGUCGGUGUGCGGGGCUCCCCAGAGACAAACUCCCUCAUCCGCUUCAUGGCACAACAGAAGAUGAAGACUCCACCAGCCUUUAAAACUCCAGAGGUGAGAAAUUCAGGACAUCCUUUGGGAAUCUCUUGCACCGUGUAACAUUUAUACUAAAAUACGUGACAGUAUUUUGGAUUACACCCAGGAUUUUGAACACUGUGAAUAAAGCUUGUGUACUCCUGUGUGGCCUGCCUGCCAUAUACUAGAAUGAAUACGUUACCACAUAUCCUGCUUUCGACACAAGUGAUUACAGAUCAGCUGGGACUGGAUGAGCUUGCUGGAUGUAGCACCAAUUUCAGACACAUGAGAUGAUGAGAUCAGUAAGAGAAUUCGAAGUCAAAAGUUGUGAAUAUGUUUUGACUGUGUGCACUUGCUUUUCCUCUCUCUGCAGCUCAUGAUUAAUGAUAACCCGGAGUAUUGUUCGUUGUGUAUACAGAAGCCCUUGCUGUGAAACUCCCCAUUCGCCUCAGAAAAAUAUCAAUUUUCUGACCCGAGGGCUGACAGGUUAUCACUUCUGAUUGGUGUAACCCACAUAACACAUUGAAGCUGCUUGUGUAUAGCUGCUGUUAUUCCAUCCAGAUACAGAUCCUGCAUUCCAGCACUGAGCUGCUGUAUUCAGCCAUGAUCAGCCUACGAAGCUCAGCCAGGAACUGUUUGUGUUGACAGCAGCUGUACGCAUCAACGUUAGUUUAGUGCUGCAAGUGAGCGGAGCAGAACAGGAAAACAUGGAGCUCCUGCUGCGGCGGUGUCAUUUCUAUGACAGAAUGACUACUAGUAAAUGCCGUUGAACAAAGCAGCUGUUUUAUACACAGGGGAUUUUAGUGGCACAAAAUAUCCGAGCUUACAUGUAAAAUGGAUGGGGCAAAACUGUAAAUAAAAGAACACAUUUUGUCAGAUGUGUCUAUCAGUUAGCACAUGUUUGUACAUAUAUGUAUUACAGGAGAAGAUUUGAUGCACAUACAACCUCAGUCAAGAAGCCUCAAAGCCAAAAAAGUGGACAGAAUGAAGCAAAAUAAAAAGAAAACAGCCUCUAAGCAGAUGAGGAAACUUUAAAAAUGUAUAUCAAGUCUUUCUUAGACAAUAAAGUCUUUUAGGGUUAUAACUCCUCUGAUAUUUAAUUAACAAAGACAUACUUAACUGGGUAAUCCUGAGAGAGAACAAGUACAUUUUUUUAGAGUUGUCAUAAAAGAAGUAACAUCGGUGUAAUGGCAUUCUAAAUAAGAACAGACUUUCAUGCUAUUAACAGUUGCCAUGUACCCUUCAAAUCACCUCUGUACUAGUAUUUACUUCUCUGCACUAUUUUUCUAAAUCUAAAUAAUCUCCUUGGGUCACUCCUCUGUGAUUUUUUCUGUUAUAGAGAACAUCUUAACAUGACUAAUCAGAUAUUCACUGCAUCCACAUUGUUUAUAUGCACACCAUUUUAGUGGCCGAGGUUCACAACCAUCAUAAGUUGACUAUCAAGUGUUGCUUAUGCUGUGAAGCCAUGAGACAGAACAAUUUCAGAGUAUGCUGCUCCUUUUUUUUUUGAGUCAGACCCUCAGGCAAGAGCUGAGCUGGCUGUCAGGGACAUCUUUAAUCACCUCUCUUUUCAGACAAACGGAGUUCUAGCACACUGUUUUGUGUUUGACGUUAUUGUCUGCUUUGAUUUGAAAUUUUCUGGCAUUUUAUUCAUAUUUUUUGUUUUGUUUUGUUUUUGCAUUAUUUAAGUAUUUUCGUUCUGAUUUACCUCCGUCCAGAAUUAUUCAGGACCUGAGUCAACCACAGGCACUUGUUCUGUUUGUUUUUGAGAAGUUGAGUUUAAAAAAAAAACAAAAACAGUAUUUUUUGAUAUUUUUUUUCCAUAAAGCUUUCAAAAAGACCACUUUUAAAGCACUGUUAUCCAAACCCUCAUGUGUGGAGAUAGCAUGUUUAUGUCCAAUGACAGAUAGGAGGUGGGCAGUGGAACUUAAGCCAACAGCAUGACUCUGCUUUUAAGCACAGAGUGCUGAAAGUCAUGUGCCGGUGAAACUCAGCUUGUUUUGAACAAAGUGGAGAAAGUACAUUAUGCUACAGAGGUCGUUUAGGAGGUUCCUGUGGACCUUGGGUACCUUUAUCCAAUGGGAAAACAUUCAGUUUUCAAGUUUAAAGGUAAGUCUGAUUCCAAAGAAAUGGCUUUUCAAAGUUUUUCCUCAGUGAAAGUAUUAUUUUACUUGAGAUAAAUGUAAUGACUGAGCACAAGACUUAUUGUGAUGUAACUGUCAGAAAAUGCACAGUUCAGCAAACUGUAACAUGCCUGGAUUGUGUGAGAUAGAUGUGCUGUCUCUUCAGAAAUACCACUCGAGUUAUUUCAGAAGUCUAUGACCUGUCAAGCUGCAUCACUGAGCAGAUACGUUUGUUUUUGCUGUCUCAACUUCCAGCUUGUCAAAAGUAGCCCCUUACUUCCCCGGGUCGCCUCCACACUGAGGCAGAAGAUGGCCUCUUUCCAGAACCUGAUGGAUGUGGAGGAGAGUGAGGGCUGUGAUCCAGUGCCAAAGCAGGACAGCAACACUGGAGGAUGCAUCAAGACAAGAGAUUAUCUGUCUGGUGAGGCGGCCUCAUUGCCACUGGAUUAAUGGUUUCAUUUCUCUACAAGGAUCCACGCCAGUAGGAUUUCUUUAUGAUGUCUGGAGGCAGUGUUCAAAAGCUGCGGAUUAAUGCAUAGCACAGUUAAAGCCCGGCGCUGACGACGUCAUGCAGCAGUUCUUGGUCAGCUUCUUAAAUGGGACAGUUUUUUAAAGAGUUGUUUCCAAGCUGCUAUUUCAUGAUAUGUUUAUUUUACAUUCCGAACGUCCAUAUAAAUUCAGCUGAAAUGAAGUCCCAUUUGUUUUCAUACGUUCACAUAACAAACCUUCUCCCCUCUCAGAUGGAAACAGUCGUGACAGAGAGAAGGAGAACCACCCACCAGUGGUGAUACCCAGCAAGAGGAGACGCCUGGGCCCCCUGGAAAGCUGCGAGGUGGAGAUUAGAGAGGCCGGCGCUCCUAUCCUCCACUUCAGUUUGAAGGAGCACGAGGUACACUCACUCUGAGCAUGUUCUUACUUGACAGCUGUGAAUAAUUCAACUAAAAGGUUUUACCUCUUGCCUUCCACUGGAUCUGCUGAUUAUUUUUAACUCCUUUAUGAAUGCUGAAGGUCUGCGGUACGUAGGGUUUUUAUUUUGACUGUGAGCAUCCAAAGGAAAAAAAAACAAGCACUCUCUAGCAAAACAAGUUUGAUUUAAGUGCUGUAGAUUGGAUUUUAUUUAUUCAACAUCUCGUCUUUUUUAUCUUUAGUUUCUGAACUUGGAGCUUUCACGUUUAACCUUUUUAGUGCAACAUCAGCUUUAAAGUUUUCCAUAUCAUUCGAACUUCAAAACAGCAGAUGGAUAAAUUAUUUAUCCUCAAUGCUCAUAGCAGUUGUGUUCUUUCGGUUGUGGUGCUGUGUAACAGAAUUAAAGCAGUGGGAAUUCCUUAAUCGUAUCCACAGGAGGAAGAAAAACAAGAGGUGCAGGUUAUGACAGAGGGACCACUGACAUCCAGUGACACUGUGGAAAAGGCAGAAGCUGUGUUUCUAUCCCCGUCUCUUCAUGUUGACUCUGAGCUCAAAGCUGAUUCCCCUGCUGAGACUCAACAGGUCAGGUCUUAAUCCAGAUGGAAACUCACACACAUGCACACACACACACACACACACACACACACACACACACACACACACACACUCACACAAACGCAGAAAGAAGUCAGUCACUGAGAGACUGUUACAGAUUUUCAGUGAUUCUACUGUGACACACACGGCUCACUGUGAGGUUUACUCUGUUUACAUAGCAGUAUGACGUUUAUAUGAUUCACAUGAGGAAGAACGACAAAAACACAGAUGGGGAAAAAACUGAGAUUAUCUCUUUUGAAAGUGAAGUGAAGCCAGUUUCAAAAGAGUUGAAGCAGAAUGAUUUAAACCGCCUCAACACAUUGACGCACUCGUUAUUUUGUAGAUGAAUCAUAAUAACCUGCUCUGACAGGUUCAGUAAAACCCACGUUUGUCUCAGUAGCUCCUUUCAGACAUUGAAAAAGUUCCCUAAAACUUCCUGAAAUUACGCAGGCGAGUGUCUCAAAUGAACACGUUGUACUGAGGCGUGAUUUAGGGUAAAGUCGACAUGAGCUUGUGUGAGGCCGCAACAAGUAAUAUUUAAGAAAAUUCCAUGUGAGUGCGCUGAAGGGGGCGUGAUGUUUUGUCUAACUUAGCUACUUGUACUGUAACAGAAAUUGAGAGCAAAAGUUCUCUGUUCGCACUUUUAUUGACUUUUUCAGGUCAUAAACAGGGAAAAGUAAGAAGGCGAGCUUGCGUUGAUACUCUAAAGGUGGUUUUAAAAUAUGGACCUGAUCCGAGUACACUUCACCCCACAAUCCAAAUCAUUUGAUCUAUAUAUCACAGUUGUGGCACACCAAAGUUCCCUUAAAGAGGUUCCCUUCAUGUGCACUCCAGCACUGUAGAUGUGGAUGAUGCUCAAACAAGGACGUGGACUGUUAUUGGCAUUAUUAGUAUCAAGUAUUCAGUAUUAGUACAACUGGAAAUGUUGUAUUUGUGCUGUAAAGGCCUUUUCCAACUCCUGAGCUGUUAGGUGGAUGUUGAAGUAGGAUGGCUGUGGAGUGGGUUGUUGUUGUUGCUGGCGUCAAUAAAACAAUAUAAACAACCGCAGCAGUUGGAUGGACUCUAUUGUCUGCACAGAACAUGAACAAAUGUUGCCCAGUCGAUGACUUGAGUGGUUGCCAUGGUGGCUUCUACAUCUGUCUUCUUGGCGGAGAGCAGACUCGUGGUAUCACUCACCCUGCUAUGGAGGCAUCCAAACUGAUGCCCCUUCUUCAGUCCAAAUGUUGUCUUAUUAAGCAGUCCUCAAAAUGUUUUAACCAAACUGAAACACUGCGAAACAGGCGGCCAAACAAAAUAAUUAAUCAUCUUCAGUUUUCUGUUUUUUUUUUCACCAGUUUCAGUUUCCUCACUUUUCUAAUACACUGUUUUGCAGCUUAAUCAAAGCUCUAUAUUUUUUGUGUCAAGCUUCUCAUUAUAUUAACCGAGCUAUUACUCAGAGGCAUUUUUCAUCAGGUAGCUUUUGCGAAUUUAGUUUUUGUCUCUCAGCUCAGGGGUUGACAGCAGCUGUUCAAAAGUGAAAAAAAGACGAAAAAGCAUCAUUUAUACUGACAUCAUUGUCUUGUUAACUGAGUUGUAUUCAAUAUUAUUAAAAGACACAUAAAGGACUGGUUUAGUGAGCCACUCUGACUGAUUGGUAAAAAUCAUUUUACGCUCAGUGUUCCUUCGGAUUCGGUUUGCACAAAGAUAGAGACCAUAAAAAUCUUUUUAUUUUAUUGGUUUUAUUUUUAACAAAGGGCUGGAUUUGAGCCAGAAUACUAACAUAAGACCCUAUAAAAUGCUCUGACCCCACUCUCAUGCCAACCUAAUUCAGGUCCUGACUUUAAUUUCUUGUGUGCCUAUCCGUUAAUGCAAAGAAAGCUAAAAGAAAACAAAAAUAAAAUAGGAUGAAAUUAAGGAAGUGAAACAUUACAGGGUGUGAAAAAAGUAGUGAAAAAGCAGUCUAAAGUUAGUAGCAAUUGUAAACUAAACUCUACUUCCAUACAUAAGAUUUUGAAUCGUGUGUGUGAACAACAAAGCAGUACUAAGUUACAGACUCUGUUUCCUAAACACCAGAAAAUUGCUCCUUGCCCUCACUGUUGUGCCAUUGCAUCCAUCUUAUACAGAGAUGGAUGCUCAUAUAUGAUGAAGCGUGAUAACAUUCCUUCUCAUGUUACCACCUGCUCUCUGAAGCUCUUUGAACCGCAGUCCAAACAGAACGGAGGCUCUCAUGUAUUCCCUCUCAACAGGACGGUGUCUUUGAACUCCAAAGCCCCCAUCAUCCACCACCUGAUGAUCCUGCAGCGGCUUCACCAACCCAGCCGGCAUCCAUCCUCCACAUCCCCUCUCUCCCCCCUCUGCUGGGGAUGAAGCCAACAGGUAAACACGUAAGGCCCUUAGUGGUCAUGCAACAGUAGCUGGUCUUUUAUCUUCGCUUAACUCUGCCUUUGAGGCUUUGUAUAUAGAACUGAGCCUGAUGCGGUAUAUCCUGGCAACAUACCAGGAGACUGUCAGUGUUAGAUUUGUACAGAGGAGAGUCAUGUUCAUUAAAAGCAUUUGACUUUUCUGAGCUGGAGAACACUGUGGGUGUUUUAGCUGGAAGGGGUGUUUUAAUGGUUCAAAUGAAAUGUCAGUAGAUCGUAGAUAAACAUGGGAUAAUUGUGCAGCUGUUGUACUGCGUGUGCUCCUGUAUCACACACAUGACCUGCGCUUGAUUAAGCAAGGUCAGGUUUCCCAAAAAUGGUGCUACACGCCUCUGUUUUUUUCUCCUGUUAAUGUUUAGUUUGUGUGAAAAUAUCUAAAGCCCUUAUGUUUGUCCUGUUCAAUCACACAGAGCUGCUUUUUCUGUCUUUUCCAGGAGAGGGUGACUCAACUGGAACAUCCACAGUGAAAAAGAAAAAGAAGGUUCGCUUCGGGGGUCCACUCUCUCCCGAGUUCUUUGAUAAGAACCUGCCCCCCAGCACCCCGCUACAGAAAGGGGGCACGCCGGCUCGAGCACAAACACCAGGCGGAAGUUUGCAGCUGCGCUCCCUGCUGAAGACGCCACAAGGAAGUGAAUCUCAAACACAGAAAGCUCAGCUGGACCUCGGCAGCCCAACUGAGUUUGGAGCAUCACCUACACUUGCAAUACCUCGCAACCGAAGGACCCCGACUGUUAGGGAGGACAGAGAAGACGGGGGUGGAAAGGUAGACCAGGUACCAUGGCUGUUUUGUGUUUUUAUAGGAGCAUGUAAAAAUGUAAACAUCUGAGAUUUUCACAAACAACCACUGCUUUUGUUUCUCUGUUUUAUUUAACAUACAUGUGAAAUAUAACAAAUUGAUCUUUAAGAUAAAAUGUGACUUAUGUUGGUCAAUAAAUGUAUUAAACUCUCUUUAUUUUCUGGUCGUAGAUCGUUUUCCCUUCAAUAGAGGAGAUCGACUCUGCAGUGCUAAAUGAUGCAGGUUGGGAAUACAUUAAAUUUACACUGAGGUUUCUAGCCUAAAAGAAAACUCAUAAUGCUCAAAACUCUCCUUCUUUCAUUCCUUGUCCUUUCAGAGUGUACAUGGGACAUCCAGCCACUGGAUUUAAACAGUGCUUUCCACGAGGAGUGUCUCCCUCAGGUACUAACAGGUGAGCUGCUGUUCCACUCCUCCUUUUUCACUUCCUCAUCUGUAUUGCUCCUGUCUUCCACUGUCUCCUAUCACUUUCAACAGGGUCAGGUUAUGGUUGUUGUGAAAGGCACAUCAUAAACUCAAUUUAUGUCCAUUUUUUGUACAGCAGGUGCUUCUCAUCUUAAUGUAAGCAUUAAAAAACAGAGCCAAAUGCUAGAUUAUGGAAUCAUAGGGGUUACCUUAAUGGUAAUGGUGCCUAAAAUUGCAUUUGCAAGUAUUAUGGAGAGUACAGGCUUCUUGCAUAUCCAUAUUUUGCUGAUAUCCAAUUUGCAAUUCCAAAAUAUCCAGUUAGGUGAUAUUUGUCUUCUCUAAAACAAAGUUAAUGGCCUGCAGGUAAUGCACUUAAGGGGGUUAGAUAGAUGUCACAUUAUUAAAAUGAACUGAAAGUAUACUCCCCAGAGAAAUGCUACCACAUGUGCACUCUAUUAGACAACAUAUGAGUUAAUAUUAUAGACAUUUACGACUGUGAUGGGUGGAUUUAUGUCUCUCUGCCCUGCUCCAUCAUUUGGAUUUUGAAAUGUGCAUUGAACAGCUGUAGUCAACCGUGCUAAAUGCUAAUCAGUGUUAAUAAUAUCUUCUGUCAACAAAGUCUCACAAAGUUUCUUUUUGAUGUGUUAUACUGCUGUUUUCCUUCAGAGUCUGAGACUGAACCCAGCGCAGCCUCUCAGCUGGAUGUCCUUGAUGAGCUCGGAUCUCUGCCAGAGGAGGAGACACAAAUAGAAGCCGAUGUUGAAGUUGUUCAAUCUAGAAGAAGGAAAAGAAAGGUUUGCCAAUGUUCAUUUUUUUUCUAAAAGUGCAUCUGUUUUCUUUGAUAGUGAUUCUGGUGAACUGGUUUUGAACACUUUGUUUUAAAUAAACUCUGCAAGUGUCCUAAAAAUACUUGAAAUAUUUUGUAGAUUCCUGUACCGUGACAUUUCCAUUUCAUACACUUUUAACAUCUUAAUCUCUUCCCUCACAGCCAGGACCAAAGUGCGAACCUUCCAGUGAGGCUCCCGCUCGCUCCAACAGCCGAAAAAGAAAGGUCUGCCAUAACCACAGGCUGCUUUCAGCUUGAUCUCACUUGUAAAAAUCUCCCUGUACCAGCUGAGAUUGUCUUUUUAAUAAUUUAGGGGUCAUAACAUGCUCCCAUCUAAUCUACUGUUUAAUUCCACUGGAUGUGAACUUAAUCACGUUGGAGGGUAUCCACUUAAUGGUUGUGAGAGAGUGUGUGGUGGAGAGACAGUCUAUAUAAUGAAUCCUCACGCCAACUCCUGUGUUCCCUCAGCAGCCAGAGGAGAGCGAACCUGUGAAGAGGUCGACACGCUCAGCUGCCAAGUCGGCCUCUGGGAGAAUGAAGGUGAGCUGCCUGAGUCUGCUCGUUUGAUUUCUCUUUACAUCCCUUCGCUGAAGGAUCUGCAGGAAAGUCUCUCUCUGAGGCAGUCAUAGAGCUGAGAGCUGCACAGUCUAACCACACGGCUUUAGCUGAGUUAGGGGGAGGGAAAGACUGCAAGACUAAACUGUUUGUUUACACGCCGCAAUGGAUGUUCACUACAGGGAACCAACAAGGGAAAUUCAAUAAGGAAAUCAUAAAUACAUACAAUUAUAAUUGUUAGAGCCAGUCAUUUUGAACUGUUUAAUAACCUCCUUGUAGACAAAUCUGAAUUCAAAGCAAGAAUCAAUUUAAAUUCAACUGCAAAGCUCAUGAUUGUCUAUAUGAAAGACCGUACAGUGAAGAGAGGGAUAAAGCUUGCUGUCAUGACUGAAUGGCAAAUGUAAAACUCAUACUGCACAAUCAAUUUUCUGUUUUAGGAUUAGUUCAUCCUUGUGUUUUUAUUGUAUCUGCUCUAAUUAGAGGAAAACUGAUGAAAACAAGAAUUAUUCUUCAUCAUGUUCAGACUGGAUUAUUAAACGUGAAGAGGUUCGAAGUGGUUUUGUGAAGUAGUUUCCCUCUGAAACUGAUGCCACUUCACUGCCCACACAAUAGUGCUUACGUUUGGGUCAGACUUCAUGGGGGGGAGGAAGCUGCAUCGAUAUUUGGCACUUUCCCUCAAGUUAGCGAGCAGGAGUUUCUCCUCUUUAUUUUCCCAGAUGAGUUUGUUUUGUUUUGGUUCUCAUACCAGAGCAGGAAUAACAUACAGCGGACUCAUCAGUCUGCUGUCUGCAAAGUUGUCUCAAACUAAGACAAAGUUUUACUUUAAAAAAAAAAAAAAGACAAAAAAAAAAAACAAUUUAUGUGCUUUUGCAACAAAUGCACACUUUGGCUAGAGCUGCGUAUUUAAUAAUGUCACGUAUUCAAGGGAAAUGCAGUCUUUAACCCAUAGAUUAGCACUAGUUUAGUCCAAAGGGGUCCCAAGAAUCAGUUGGAUAAUCCAGAUACUAAAGAUACACAAGUUUGUCAACUACGUAGAUACACAAGUUUGCUAACCCUAACCCAAUAUUAUCUUUGAUGUGCAAUACAGCAAUUCGUACACCAUUAUUUAUCAUGUGCAAUAUGGCAAUUUUCAUACCUCCAUUUAUGCCACCGACAUAUCUUCCAUUUCAUGCAUUCACAUCAGCACCUACUGCAUCACUUGUUCACUUUGUAAAUAUUUCUCUCACCGUGUAUAUUCCUCUUAUAUUUUUAUUCAUCUUAAUUUUUUUUGUAUCUUUAUUUUAUUGUAUUCUUUCAGUACUUAUUGUGUGUUUUAUCUGUACUCCUUUGAGUCGAGCGGUCCUCUCAUCCAGGGCAUUUCAUUGCAUUGUUGACCUUGUUUCACAUGCACAUGACAAAUGAACAAAUCUUGAACGUAUUGUUCAGGAUGCACGUUUAUCUAGUACUGCUGAUGUAACAUUCUUCAAACAUAAUAUUUUUGGUUUGUUGUUCAUAUAACCACCCUCCAUAUACGAAACUUAUCAUGUCUGGCAAUUUCAGCCAGGUAAGAAAAUUAACUAUCAGCUCAGCUAUUUCAUUCCGCGAAAUCUGGGCUGAGCUGAUGAGAUUUAAUAAAGCAGCGUGUGAGAAUACUCUGAGAUCGCUCUGCAAAGCACAAUGUGUCAUUCAGCGAGGACUUCAGACAGGAAAUGGGAAAUCUCAAAGGGUCUAUCUUGACAUAUUGAACACAAAAAUGCUUGUGGGAGCUGAAGAACAACACACGCUUUUCUCAUGGUAUCUGUAAUGCGACAUCACAUUCAGCCCUUGCUUUACCAGUAAACUAUAUAAUAAAUGAUGUUUUCCUUGUUUUAUUAUCCAGUAAUUAUAUUAUUGUGUUGAUUUAUGUUGUUAUUCAGAGUUCUUCUGCGGCAGCACGUCGGUGGAACAAGGAAGUGGAUCGCUCUCUUUAUGGAUCUCGGGCGUAUGCUUCCAAGAACCCCACUUUGAGUCCCAUCACUGAGAGGUUUUCCUUUAUAAGCCAACCCCUCCUAGCAGAACAGCAGACCCUAACCACAGGUAAAACAUGCAGAGAAUGACUUUCAGUUAUUUAACCACAGAUUAGUGUUUUUGAAGAAUCAGUCAAACUUUAUUUUUAAAGCAGAUUAAAAACAAUGAAAUAAAAUGAAUAAAAAAUACAAAUACCAAACCUCACCCACCCUCCUAACCCCCAUCCAACACAUACAGUGCUCACACGCUCACACACACACAGAUGCAUACACAAAAGAUCAGGUGAGGACUCUUCAACUUGCCACAGAUGACUGAGGAAAUGCUAUCUUGAGUUAAAAAUGAUGAGGAAACACUAAAUCUAGGACUAAAACAAUAAAACCAUGAUAAAAUAUGAUAAAGGUGAUAAAGUGUAAAAAGUUAAUUAAAUAAAACAGUCUUAAAAUCAAACAAUAACAGAAAGUAAAUUUAAAAAAGAGGUAAUAAAACACAAAAUAAUAACUCUUGGACUGAAACUAAAAGCCAGAAUGAAAAGGUCGGUCUUUGGUUUACUUUUAAAAAUAUGAACAGUAGGUGUCGCUCUCGGGUCUGCAGGUAGGCUGUUCCACCGAUGGGGACUGUAAUGUUAGAAUGAUGAUUCACCAUAUGUUUUAGUUUUUACUUUAGGAACAAUUAAAAGACCACUACCUGAAGACCUAAGGGGUUUUCUAGGCUCAUACAGUAAAAGCAAAUCAGACAAAUAAGAAGGACCAAGACCAUCAAGAGCUUUAAAACCUAAAAAAAAGAACCUUAAAAUCUACUCUAAAAGACACAGGUAGCCAAUGCAGAAAUUCCUUUCUGUCAUAUUUAUUGAAAAGUAAAACUUGUGAUGCAAAUUUGUGAGUCAAUCUGCCUGAGACUUGAUCCUCAUUUUUCCCAACAGCACCAAGCACUGAGACGUGUUUGAACCCUGAGAUGAUCGAUGACACUCAAGUAAUUAGUAACCUCACUACAACAAAUGUCCAAGAAAAUCCAUCUGAGGAUUCUGCCCCGUCUCCAGUCACGACUAAACCAAGUGUCAGAAGGCCGUCAGGGAGGAAGGUCAGAAGGAGAGGCCUGAAGGAGAUGAGGGUCACUCCUGCUGAGGGGAUGGUUCCUUGUUUCAGUGAAGAGGAGGAGAGAAAGACUGAAGGAGAGAAAGACGAAACCACUACAAACUCUGAGACUUCAAGGGAGGAAACACCACUGAGCCAUGCUGCGCCUGAACAGGAAGGAGCUGACACUGAACAAAAGGCCCAGACCUCUGCAGAUACACCCUGCACAGAGUCUGAUAGAAAACCAGAAUGUCUCCAUGCUCUGACGUCAGACUGCCCAGCGAUGAUUGAAGAACCCAGAAACACUGUGUUUUCACUACCUGAGGUAACACGGAGAAAAUACAAGCAAGGCAGAAGGAGCUCCAUGUACAGAGCAGUCCCUCAGGAGCUGGGAAACCAAGCAGAGGAGCACCAAAUGAGCUGUGACCUGCAGAAGUCAGGGCAGGGAGACCGAGCAGCCAAGCAGGAGGAAAACGACUGCAGGUCCAGCUCUGACGGCCAGGAGGAGGGGGAAGCAGCACACAUGGAUCUGGCCCCCUGGCAGACUGACUUUAACUUUGAAGAUGUGUUCAAACCUGUGGCCACAAGAGGGCAGCGUUCAGUCCGACGCAGCCUGAGGAACCGCAGGACAAGCGACAAUGAAGGUCUCGCCUGGCUGCCUUGGACCUCCCCGGAGACCUCUAAGGAGUCUCGGAGGAGGACCCGGGGCGAGCGGCGCAGUGCUGCUCUGCCUGUCCAGCCUUCAGUGCCUGAGGAGACAGCAGAAAACAAGUCAUGA